AUGCAAGCAUUAGUCGACUAUAAUAAAAGUUCUGAUUGACAACUAAAAGCAGCUAGUAGCACAAUUGAAGAUCUUAUCUCUGUAUUUAGACAUGCAGCUACUUUAACAAACUCUACUAUAGUUGCAUGUGACUAUGGAAGCUCAGAAGGCUUAAAUUCAGCUAAAAUAUUUUCUUCAGCUAUCCAAACAAUUCGUGCAACAAUUCAAACUCCAAUUCACAUUAUUCACAAUGACCUUCCCUCAAAUAAUUGAAAUAAGCUUGCAUCAGUUCUAUACUCAAACGACGGAUAUUUAAAAUAUCCAGAUACCUACAGUUCAUCAGUUGCAAAAUCAUUUUUUGAAAGAGUCGUCCCAAAUGAAACCCUCCAUAUCGCAUUUUCUACCUCAUCAUUCCAAUAUCUAUCAAAACAAGUUGUUUCUCCUGACAGCAUAGAAGCAUGUCUCUCAGAAAUUCCUGAAAUCAGAGCUCAAGCUUCAGAGCAAGGAGAAGCUGACAUGCUUGAGAUCUUAAGAUUAAGAUAUGAAGAACUUGUCCCAGGAGGACGAUGCGUAUUUUUAAUUCACUGUAUGCCAGAUGAAGGUAAAAUGAUGCAUGCCGAGCUUUUAUCAAAAGCUCAUAACUCUUUAUUUGCAAAAAGAGUUAUAACAGAAGAAGAAUAUAAAAGUUUUAAAAGGCCAAAUCAUUAUAGAACUAAGACAGAAUGGGAUAGAAUUUUUUCAAAAGUCAGCAGCCAAUAUAAAUUGGUUUCUUAUGAAACUAAAUCUUUUAUAUCCCCAUUUUAUGAAAAAUUUUUAGCUGAUGGAGAUCAGGAAGGAUAUGCAAAUUCAAUUAAAAACUUUUUCAGGCCACUAACUCAAGCAGCCUUUUUAAAAAGCAUAGCAAGAUCUCCAGAAGAAAAGACUGAGAUUUUUGAAGAAUUUCUAAAUGAAAUUGGAAAUCAGUUAUUAGAAGGAGACCCUGAUGUAAGAAUAUGGUACUCAAGUAUAAUUUUAGAGAAAAUAAGCUAA